GGUCAUAAGCUCCAUAUGGGUGUCUCUGUGGCUGUUAUCCAACUGUGCUGUUCGACUAUUGUUUCAGUGGACACGACUGACACCGGCGGACGGGACUUCAAAACUACAAUUUUCACGGAUGAGUGUAGUGGCUUUGCAGUAGUCAUAAUAACGGGAUAUGUAUCUAUUUUGUUGUGGAUUGCACUCUAUAUUUUGAAUUGGUGAGAAUAAUCGGAUGGGGCAACUUUGUUUUUAAAUUACUUUUCUCUGCAACUGUGAGCCUAUAUAUAACGUUAGCAGUCGCUUUCAACCUCGGAUCUCAGACCAUCCUAAAACAUUCAUAGACGCUUACGGAUAAGAAGGGUUUUCGAAAGCUUAAGACCAUCAAGGCUAUGACCUUUUAUUUUCUUUGGACGUGAAGUCAGCGCGAGUCCUCGAGCCAAGGAACCCUAUAAUUUGCUCUCUGGGUUGUUCCUAUUGCACAUUUUGAAAAACGUAGCAUAUAUAUAUUUUUCGUUUUAUAGGCCUAGUCUUACUGUAAUUAUAUAAUGGACGGGGAACACGUCUUACGCGAUUUUAAAGAUAUUGAGACAAAGUUGGGUCGCAAAGUUCCUGAAAGUCUCAUUCGUUCCCUUGCAGGAGGAAAUAAUCAUCACGACAAACAUGAGGAUACAAAACCGGCGACACCGAAAAACCAGUCGAACUCUGCUGAUUUGAAACGACUGGAGAGCAAGAUGUUAUUUUUGAGACAGGAAAUGGCCCAACUCCGUGCCAUCGAUGUCAAGCUGAUGCAGCAGCUAAUGUCCAUCAACGACGGCAUCGAAUCCAUCCAAUGGGUGAUGGAUGACAAGGAGGGCCUUGCCAGUCGUGAAAGCAGCCUGACAGGCAGCCUGUACAGCCUAUUGGACAGCCAGGAUGACACCUCUUCACGCGGCAGCUUCACCAGUCUGCACGACGGACACAGCGAUGGAUUGGACGGGAUAUCCGUGGGCAGCUAUCUGGAUACGUUGGAUGAGUUAGCCGAAGACCUUUCGGAACACACUUCCUUGACGGACCUUGAUCUUUUCUCUGAUAAACCUGUUAUAGAGGACGAGACUUUCAGCAAGCCAACAAUGCGACUCAGAGUGGACUCCGAUGAGUACUACUGCUUUGGAUAGCGCUGCGUGGCUAUGAGGCUAAUACAAACGCAGACAAAGACCAGAGGGUUAUUUUUACCUAGUAUUGUCAAGAUUUCAAAUUCAUAUCAAAUAUAGUUGGCAUGGUAACUUUGGUAACAUUUUUAAAUUAUGAACUAGGACAUCAACUGGUUGAAAUUUGAGUAGUUUUGAGUAAUGUUUCAUAAGGUGGCUUGUUCAUUGAGUUUACUGUGUGAAAUAUAGAACAUGGAUUUGUUCCCUUGAUGACCUACAUUCUUUUCCUGCUGCUAAGUGUUUACAUUUACAUUUAAGUCAUUUAGCUGACGCUCUUAUCCAGAGCGACUUACAAUUUGGAAAGUUCAUACAUAUUCAUCCUGGUCCCCCCGUGGGGAGUGUGUUCUACAGUGAUGUCACAGUGACAUUUAAGUGGUUUUACAAAGGGCAACUAUUCACAGUUGUGCUAUUUUGUAUCUUGAAACCAAAUUCCUUUUUGUCUAAUGCAUGUACACCUUAGCUACUUGUCCCUUCACCAGAACAAGUAAGGAUGAGCUUUAAACAUAAUUAGGGAUUGAAUUGUUGUACUGAUAGAAGGUUAUAGGUGCAAUUUGUAAGUUAUCUGCCCCAACAAGAGGAACUACAACCACAAUCAACCUAAAACAAAUACAAAAUAAUGCUAAGUAGUGCACCCUCUUCCUCCUCAUUCUUUGUGGUUGCUUGCAGUGCUCUCCAGGAGCGUUGGAGUCCACUUUUUUUUUUACAGAAAAUUGAACUUACGAAUUGCACCUUUUUAAUAAUAAUGUUGCUGUUUGCUUUAUUUUUAUUGACACAGCUCACUUGGCAAAAUUUUCAUUCAGUGCACACUGACUGUACUCAAAAGAAUCUGAUACCUUAGUGUCUUGUUUCCCUUUUCACUUAGAUACCAUGUCUUUGUUUAGCCAUUCAUCCAUCAGAACUAAGGUAAUGUAGUAUAUAAGGAAUUAGUGGUAAUUUGGAGCAUUAGCGGUUCCAUGCUGAGACAUCAGCUGGAGUGGUUUAGUGGGGCAAAAAUACAACAUUUCCUUCAGCAUCCAAGUGCAAUUUGCUACCAUGCCAAAUCCUUUGCAUCACUAUAUUUCAGCACCUCCACAACAUAUGGAAGCACAUAGCUAUCAAAACGUGUAUGUGACCAAUACAAUUUGAUUUGAUUUUGAUUUGAAAUUUUAAAAAUGAUUUUGACAGCUAUGUGCUUACAUGUUAAUCAUUGGACAGGUACUUUGCUCUUUCUUACUUUUUUUAUUUAGACAGAUUGCAGUCAACAUUGCCAUGCCCAGGUCAACAAUUUUAUUUUUGUUUUGUUUUACCACAAGAGAUUAAUUGCAAACAAGUUCCAAAGUGGAAAUCUUGAAGUUCACAGCACUUACUUAGUUGAAUUACUACAUGGUAUUUUUUGGUUACGUUUAAUAAAUAAACAUUUUGAGCUAGUCAACACUUUAAUGAAUGGUAACUGACAAAGUUAAGUACAAAAGUAAGGCCAUUAAUUUCUGUACAAAAUGAUUUUGCUUUAAAUUCCACUUUCUGUGUCUAUUCACAUUACCUGUGUGUGUUGUGCCCUUCAUGUUGCCUACUUUUUAACAUUGUAACUUAUUGUUUUUAUUGGUGUUGUUCAAAAGCCUGUUGGGGAAAAUAAUAUAUUGUGAUUUUCUUCUUUCUCA